GACAGAGUUUAUCCGUCUACAUCGCUGGUUUCGGUGAAACUGAGCUGAUAGAGCGGAUACAGAGCAGAUCAGGAUGGCAGGAAUGGCGCUUUAUCUCGCAAACUCCAAUAUUACUGUGACGGACAGCAUGGACACCGAAAAGGGCUCCAGCAAAGGGAAGGAUUUUGAAUGUGUCGAGCUGGGAGAGCUGGCAGACAAGGAGCAGUCCAAAGAGAAGACUCCACGCAGGGUCAUUCACUUCUCCAGCGGGGAAACAAUGGAGGAGUACAGCACGGAGGAGGACGACGACUCAGAGAAACAUCCAGAGAAAAAAGACCUUUUGUCUUCAAUAGACACAUCUAAGCUGACGUGGGGCCCAUAUGUCUGGUUUCAGAUGUGGAGGGCAGCUACAUCCACUGUGUCAGCUUGUGACUACCUGGGUGAGAGGAUGGCAUCACUGUUCGGAAUAACUUCAGCCAAAUAUCAGUAUGCCAUUGACGAGUUUGACAGGAUGAAGAAGGAAAAGGAAAAGGAGGUUGAGGAGUCCUGUUUCUCGGAGGAGGCUGAGAGUCAUUUUGAGGAGCAGCAAAGUGAAGAGAAGCCAAAGAUAAACCAGCCUGAAGCUGCUUCCACUCAGGACAUCAGCACCACUGAAGCCUCUUCUAUACCUAAUACAGUCAGUGUCCAUGUUAACCCAGUGAGCAUUUAAUCACCAUCAGACACCUCAUCUUCUCACUGUGGUUUUACUCUAGCACUGCAUAGGAUAGUUAGCAUGACUCUGUCAUGGAUAAAGGGUGCUACUCUCUCUUAACAUCUCUUUCAUUCUGGUUGUGGUAACGUGCUGAUCCUCACCUGAUGGUAAGUUGAAUUACACUAAAAUGACUAAAGCAAAGUAGCCGAGGGCCUUAACCUCACCUUGGGCCAAAAACACAAGCUUUUUUAUUGUAAUUUUUUUUAAAUUCCCUUAAGUGAAUUUACUGAGACACUCUUUCAACUCUUGGAAAAAAUAAAGGUGCCAAAAAGGGUUCUUUAACCUCCGCAUAAUGUAAAGGUUCUAUACUGUUGAAAGGUUUUCCUAGAACCAUACAUCCAAGAACCGUUUCAGAACCUUCAUUUUAAGCAGUGUAUAGCCUGUCGUAUGCAAAAGUUUUGGCAUUUCUGGUCAAAUUAUGUGUUAAUUACAUUUUGAUUUGAUUACAUGUUGAUUUUGUAAGUAAAAAUAAGCUAACGUCUUAUACAGGGAACUUCAGCGUAUUCUUUUAAUUUUACUGCCAUAUUUCUAUUUAUUUGCCAUGUUUAACAUUUUGGAAAAACCAAAACAAUAAAUACAAAAUAUGCCAUAUCUUUUGCGCAUGUCACAUGUUAAGUUUUAAUUUUUCAAAUGAGUUAAAUUCAGUAAAUAAACAGUUAAUGUGCAUUAAAAUAUGCAGAAGUGUGUUCUCUAGUAGAGAAUGUGCUAACUUAUUAUCACUUAGAUAAUCAACGCACAGUAUCUUCACUUUUAUAAUUUUUUACUUUUUUGCAAAAUUUGAAAACUCCAAUUGGGUGUGUUCCAACAACUACAGCAUAGCUGUUUAUUUUGUGUGUGUGUGUGUGUGUGUGUGUGUGUUUGUGUAUGUAUUUAUGCACAGUACAGUGCAAAAGUCUUAAUCGCCCAAGCAAAGUGUUUAAAACCAUUCACUUGGGAUCUGUGUUUUUAUUUUACCAACAGAAGUGCAGUAAAAGGCAGGUGUGUUAUUUUUUAUCUUUUGCACAGUACACUGCCAAAUGAAGGUGCCAAAAAGGUUCUUUGAAGCCAUGCCAUAAAAAAAAUCAUUUUUUUUUUAUAAAUUUUUAAUGAUGUCUUUGUGAAGAGCCUUUUUGAAGUUUACAAAACCUCCACAUAAUGUAAUAGUGUAAUGUCAAUGUCAAUGAAAGUUUUUUCCUAGAACCUUACAUCCAAGCCAAGAACCAUUUAGGAACCUUUAUUUUUAAGAGUGUGUAUAAAUGCUUGGCUAAUUGGUUGCCAAGUCCUCUAUAUGAGAAAACAGAUAACACAGUGUCUCCGAAAAAUAGGAAAUCUGGAUGAAGCCUUAAUCCACGCACUGAGGUUUUUAUUUGUAUAUAUUACAUAUUUAUUAGUUCAUAUUUAUGUAUUUAUUGUAGUGUUUUUAAUGUGCUUACUAUUCUUUUUGAUGUAAACUUUAAUUGUUUUUACAUUUUUUAAUUUAACACUG